AUGUUUAAGCAUUCCACUCUAUAUCAGUCUGAUGUGUCACAUUUUCCUUGCAGGAACCACUGUAACAAUAAGACACUUUGCAUGGAAAAACUUUCUCUGGUACUCCCAGAAAGACCACCACAUUUUCCACGGCAGUUUGGCCGCUGUGCUGUUAUUGGAAACUCGGGAGAUCUUUUAAAAACAAGGUUUGGGAAGGCGAUAGAUAGUUAUGAUGCUGUCAUCAGGGAAAAUGGAGCACCUAUCCAGAAUUACACAGAAUACGUGGGGACGAAAAGUACAUUUCGCCUUCUUAACAGAGGCUCUGCCAAAGCUCUUGAUAAAGUUGCAGAGUUAUAUGGUAACAGCAACAUCCCACUUUUUUCUGUUCAAUUUCAAUGUAUAAGCAGCAUGCUAAAGAUUUUAAUUCUACAGAUUCUGGGAAAGAGGUCUUGA